AUGGCCGGCAGUGCCCGUGACGGGCGGGAGGCGUGGGAGCCCGGGGAGCGGCACCCCGGGGCUGGAGAGUCGGGCAAGAGCACCAUCGUGAAGCAGAUGAAGAUCAUCCACCAGGACGGCUACACGGCCGAGGAGUGCAUGGAGUUCAAGUCCAUCAUCUACGGCAACAUCCUGCAGUCCAUCCUGGCCAUCAUCCGCGCCAUGUCCACGCUGGGCAUCGACUACGCCGAGUCGUCCCGCGCGGACGAUGGCCGGCAGCUCUUCAACCUGGCCGACUCCAUCGAGGAGGGCACCAUGCCCCCCGAGCUGGUCGACUGCAUCAAGAAGCUGUGGAAGGACGGGGGGGUCCAGGCUUGCUUCGACCGAGCCGCCGAGUACCAGCUCAACGACUCGGCCGCGUAUUACCUGAACCAGUUGGACAGGAUCACGGCCCCCGGCUACCUCCCCAACGAGCAGGACGUGCUGCGAUCCCGAGUGAAGACCACGGGCAUCAUCGAGACCAAAUUCUCCGUCAAAGACCUGAAUUUUAGGAUGUUCGACGUGGGAGGGCAGAGAUCGGAGCGCAAGAAGUGGAUCCACUGCUUCGAGGGGGUGACCUGCAUCAUCUUUUGCGGGGCGCUGAGCGCCUACGACAUGGUGCUGGUGGAGGACGAUGAAGUG